AAGCAGAGAAGUGUUGAAAGCAAGCGAGGGACAACAAAAAGAGCAGACGGUACAACAACCCGAAGCUGCCACUCUAUUUUGAACACCACUCCAACGAAAUAUAACAAAAUCGAGGGUUUGGCUCAGCGACACUGCGAAACGGAAACACAGCCAUGGAUGCGGCGGCGGCGGAAGACGGCGGCGCCGGAUCUGUUCACGUCAGAGCCCACCACAUAAAAAAGAGGGCCCUCAGGAACAAAACUCUCGCUCUAUCGUUCAGCGAAAAAGACCUAAAAGAUUAUGUGACUGGCUUCCACAAGAGGAAGAAGAAGAGGAGAAAAGAGGCUGUGCAGCAGCAGGAAGAAGCAGAGCGGCGGAAGCGAAUCGAGCGGCGCAAAAAGAUAAAAUUGGAUAGAGAUUUUGUUAUAUACGGUGGAGCUCCACCGGAGGCCGGUGCAGUUGCUGCAGAGGUCGACGAGGAGAGUGAACACGAUGAGGAUAUCGAACCAGCUCCGUCGGUUUCAGGAAUGAUGAAAUACGACAAUGGUGACGUACAAGUGACGGUUGUAACAAGUGAAAUAGCGCGAGAGGAAGACGAUCCGGUCGAUAAGUCAGAAAUGGGAAGAAGUCAAACAACGGGUGAAGGGUUUGAGAAGAGCAAACAGAAUAUUCCUGUGAUCAAGAAGAAGCUUCUAAAGAAGGCUCCGAAGCAGAGAUCUCGCCCGAAGCAACAGACUAAACGAGAUAAAAGGAAGGGCAAGGUGAAGAACGAUAAGCGUUGAGAUUUUGUAAUUUUUAUCUUCUUUUUUUCCGUAUAAUUUGAGAUUCUGUAACUUUCGUGUGUUCUUACAUCAUUUGUUGGUACUGAAUUAAAAAAUAGUGGAGAAUGUUUGAUUUUGAAGAUACGAUUGUAUUGCGUAAUGAAAAAAAAAAAGGACGGAAAACGAAUAGUGUAUUAUUCGAUAGCA